AUGUCAAACUCUCUGGUGGGUAAAUUCAUGGGACCACACACAAACAUUGAGAUUGUUAGGGCUUAUGUUAAAUGGAAAUGGGCUUUGAAAGGCAAUGUUGAAAUUUCGGCUUUGCCCAAAGGCCUUCUCUCCUUUACCUUUUCUUGUGAAGAAGACAAAUUAAGGAUUCUUUAUGGUAACCCUUGGUUGGUCAGAAAGAUAGCUCUGGUCCUCCAAAAAUGGCACCCGAAUCUAAAUAUGAGUGAAUCUCUUCUUGUGCAAGUCCCAGUCUGGGUUAAGCUCCCAGAUCUGCCUCUUGAAUAUUGGGCAAAAAGUGUUUUCUCGGGUAUUGCAAGCUCUUUUAGUGAGCUCCUCUUAAUAGAUCUGGUCACAGCCUCAAGAAGAAGGCUCACUCAUGCCAGAUUCUAUGUAGGGGUUGCCUGCGAUGUAGAUAUGCCUAAGCAGAUAGAUGUUGUGUCUAAGUUGGGUACCUGGAAACAACAUAUCGAAUACAAAUCCAUCCUCUUUUCUUGUUUCCACUAUAAAAAAGAAGGUCAUUGGGCUAAACAUUUCCCUCUAAAUCCCAGAGGGGAUAACAAGCAAGCCAAAGCUACAGUUGAGAGUAGAAAGGCUCCGUAG